AUGCCCGCUGUCGAGCCAGACGAUCCAAUGCCUGACGACUCGGUGCCCGCAGUCUUGCCAGACGACUCGGUGCCCGCAGUCUUGCCAGAUGACUCGGUGCCCGCAGUCUUGCCAGUUGACUCGAUGCCCGCUGUUCCGCCAGAUGACUCGGUGCCCGCAGUCUUGCCAGACGACUCGGUGCCCACAGUCUUGCCAGACGACUCGGUGCCCGCAGUCUUGCCAGACGACUCGGUGCCCGCAGUCUUGCCAGACGACUCGGUGCCCGCAGUCUUGCCAGACGACUCGGUGCCCGCAGUCUUGCCAGACGACUCGGUGCCC